AUGUUCUUUCCUGUUUGCUUGCAAUCGAACUGCCACAGACCCGACGGCCAAGAAAUCGAUUCAGUUUUGUGUUUGGCUCCAGUUUAUUCUUUAUUUAUGUAUUUACGUCUUGCUUGCUUUCUUUCCUCAUUUCUUUCUUUCUUGCUGGUUUGCUUUGUAUCAUUCUUUAUUUCUUCUUUCUUUGUUCUAUCUUUCUUUAUCCUUUCUUUCUUGUGUUCUGUCUAUCUUUCUUUUUUCUUUCUUUGUUAUAUUACUCUUUCUUUCUUUCUCAAGCUUCUUUUACUUAUUUCUAAUAUAUUUUACUGUUUCUUAUCGUCUUCCUUUUUCCAUUUUUUUUUCUUUCUAACUUUCUAUCUUUCUUUCUUUCUGGUUUGUUUGAUUUCUUCUCUCUCUCUCUCUCUCUCACUCUCUCUCUAUUUUCCGUUAAAUAUUUUCCUGUUUUUUUUCGUAACUUCGUCAUUUUUCUUUUCCUUUGAUCCAUUCUUAUUUUACCUCCUUCUGAACCUUCUUUUCGUCACACGUAGAUCUAUCUAUCUAUCUAUCUAUCUAUCUAUCUAUCUAUCUAUCUAUCUAUCUAUUUUUCUCUAUUUUCCCAUUGUUAGUUCCUUCCUUAUCGUUUCUUACAUGCAGUCGUUUUUCUUUAAUUCGUUUUUUUUUUCUUUCUCUACGGAGAAGCUCAUCAUAGAUUCACAAAUGAAGCACUACCGACCUUAA